AUGUCCUCCCCCCCAACCUCGCCGGACGGCCUAACCACGGCCCUGGCCAUCGAGACCAAGCCAUUCCUCACGAAUCCCACCCGUCCGCAACACCCCAAGCGCUGUCUGCGCCCCAUCUGCCGCGCCACCGAGACGAACCAAUGGUGCACGUCGCCUGACGGCCGCAACACACUGUGCCACAGAUGCUAUGCACUCUACCUCGCCAUGAAGCUCCCGCUGUUCCGGCACCCCCUCACCUCGCGUCUCUCCAUCCUGCGGUCACCUGACGCCUGCCCCGUCCGCGUCACGGGGUUCGCCGUGCGUCACCGCGCCCGACCCACCGAGUACCGCCGCCCGCGCCGAAACGCCGCAAAGCCAUUCGUCGUCCCACUUACUGACUGCCCCCGAGACCGCGAACUGCUCCGCAUGACCGACGUCGCGCCCAACGUGGGCCGCCGCGGCCCCGUGCGCACAGCCGCCGUGUACUCUCCAAUCAGCAAACGCCCCGCGAGGCACACACGCCCGGGCUCGACCAGGAUUUUGCCACGAGCCGCCAAACUCAUCCCAGUCCGCAAGUCCUCCCCAGCGGACCCCUUCAAUUUCGGCCGGGCGGACACCAUUCGACGCGCCGCCAACCUCAACCGAGUCGACAAGUCUGCCACAGCAGACCCUUUCGGUAUUGGUCAGUUGGACGACACACCGUCGCCGAACACCGUCUCUAAUUCAGACGCUAGCUACGCCCUCUCUGCGUCCAGAGAUACGGAGGACAGGGAGCCAGACGUCCAGCUCGUUUCGGAGGACGACGACGACGCACACGACGGCUGGCUUUCCGUCCCGCGCAUGCGUCACAGCCGUCCCGCUGUCCGGUUGGUACGCUCACAAUUGACCCGCCCGGACGGCCCUUCGCUGCGGAGGGGGGAGUCUGAUCGCCAUCUCUCGGUUACUAAUCGUCUGUUUCGGAGAGCCAUCAAGGGCCAUUUGCCGGAGAAGGAUCCCCCCGCGGCCCACCAGUUGGCCCGCCCACACGAUUUCAUUCGGAACCAGCCCAGGCCGAAGCGGAAAACGCCGACUAGGGUGUACAUGAAGGUUUCGCUAUCGGAGCAAAUCAGGCGCCAGGAGUCAACGGACCAGUUGCCCGACGACCAUUUGAGUCACGAAGAAAUGCCGUAUGCAUCUCGUAAGCAGGCAGCGCGCGGGCACCGGAGUUGUCCGCUGCCCUCCAAUCGGAAGUCGAGCAAUCUAGUCGCGCAGUCGUUGCCGCCCUUCAAAGGCGGCGCCUCUCGUACAAAAACGCCUGCUGGCUGCGAAAAGGAAAGUGGCGGAUCACUGAUCGGAGUGAAGGCAGAGUUUAACGGAGAUAUCCGCCGUUUGCGAAUUCUACCGGAUGCCUCUCGUGCGUCGUUCAUGAGUCAGUUGCAGACGCUUUUCGAGGUUCCGGAAAUACUUGUGCUCAAGUAUUUGGAUGAAGAAGACGAUUUUGUCACGGUCGCCAACGAAACGGAUAUGACAGAGAUGAUAUAUAUGGUGAGAGAACACAACCUCUCACCGCUCCGGGUGCACUUGCAAGUAGAGCGCACGGAAUGUGCCAGAGCGGUUGCGUAA